AUGUUUCUCGUGGGCGAUGAACUAGGUCAUCUCAAAGCACUGCACAUAAACGCUUCAGGAACUCCAUCUGAGCUCGUCCAGCUGGAUAGCGACUCAACCCCGUCUUCUGUUGCCGCCAUCUCUGUUCGCGAAAGCAAGGUCGCAGUCGCAUUUGCAAGUGGCUUAGUGACAAGAUAUACGUGGGACAGAGACAAGGAACUCGCACAAACAUCUUCUUGGAAAGAGACGCGACUACGACCUCAAGAAACAUUUGUUGGCUUACAACAAUCGGAGAGAGGCAUAUACUCUUGCACAUCUAAUGGGGCUCUUCGUCUUGUCACAGACGAUGGCGAGACUUCUCUCGGAUCGCUUCCAGCGCGUUUGUGUGUGUGGAGACAUGAUCCUGCCUCUCAAACAUUCUCGUAUGGUGGCAACGAGGUCGACGUUUCAGUGUGGGACUCUAAAGCAGCAUUCGCUUCCACAGAUGCUAGUGUCUCGUCCUCGAAACGAAAAAGAAAUGAUUUAUUCCCGGGAGAAACUUGGAGGUCCAAGAAUGUACAAACAGAUAACCUUGGCCUUCGACAACCUAUUCGCAUUACAACGUUGAACUAUUUACCGUCAGCCUCAUCUCCUCAACUUCUUGCCGGGACCCAGCUGGGUGACCUUCGCCGCUAUGAUACGCGAGCCGCUCGUAGGCCUAUAUCCCAGUGGGCUGGGAUCGCCAAGACAGGCGGAGUCAAAGUAUUGGAGAAAGGUUUGGCUGACCACGAGGUGCUUGUAGGCGAUCAUGGGUGCAAUCUCUCCUCCGUAGACCUGAGAAACGGUCGCAUCGUCUACUCAUACAAAGGUCUUUCUGGGGCGAUUACCUCUGUGGCUCCAUCUUCACUAUCGCAUUCAGACGGUCGAGGAGCACACUUACUGGUUUCCACGGCGCUCGAUCGAUACUGCCGAAUUCACACCACAUUUCCCCCGCCCGCUGUUGCUGGUUCUAAUCAGGACAAUAGCAGCAAGGGUCAGGUCAUUGAAAAAAUCUUCACCACCAGUGUGCCAACCGUGGUUGCGUGGGACGGUGUUCAUCAGACUCCCGUUCAGCCGCCCGACGAAGACGACGACGUAUGGGACGAAAUGGAAAACAUUGGGAGUGAUGAUGAAUCGGAUCGUAGAAAGCGUCGUCGUACAGAAAACAAGUAA